AUGACCCCGCCCCCGCGGCAAAAAGUCCCCCCAGCGGACGCCCGGCUCCGAUUCGGCCGAGCCCAGCCGCCCGGUCGAGGAGGCUGCCGCUGCCUGCCGAACCCGCCCGUGAAAGAUCGAAGGACGGGCCCUGGCCGCCCCGGCACCCGGCCCACCUUGGGCAAACCCCGGACGGCGAGUCCGAUGGCGCCCACGCCGGGGACCCUGCGCCCCCGGACGACCCCGCCCCCGCGGCAAAAAGUCCCCCCAGCGGACGCCCGGCUCCGAGUCGGCCGAGCCCAGCCGCCCGGUCGAGGAGGGUGCCGCUGCCGGCCCGGCCCGCCCGUGGAAGAUCCGAGGACGGGCCCCGGCCGCCCCGGCACCCGGCCCACCUUGGGCAAACCGGGGACGGCGAGUCCGAUGGCGCCCACGCCGAGGACCCUGCGUCCCCGCCAGACCCCCUGGCCGCAGGUCGAAAGACCCCUCCCCAGACACACCGCGUACAACACGCGAGUCAAUGGGAAAUUCGCCAUCGAGGGCGACGCCGGACGACCCGACGGCGCGGCGGCGGGGGGCCCGGCCCGCCCCGGGCAAACCGAGGACGGCGGAUCCGAUGGUGCCCACGCCGGGGACCCUCCGCCCCCGGAUGACCCCGUUCUCGGGGGAAACGCUCCGCCGGGCGGACCCCCGGCCCCUUCCCCCGCUGCCUCGAGAUCCGCCGGUCAGAAUCGCCUGCAAAAUCCAGGGAUGGCGGGCGGGAGGCUGGGCUCGGCAGGCGGGGCGCUGUCGGCCCGCUGCGUCGAGAUCCGCCGGUCGGAAUCGCCUGCAAACUCCAGGGUGGGUUAA